AUGACGUCUUCUCUUCCUUCUGAAUUCUGGAACCUUCAAAUGGCUGAUAUCAAUUAUACAAGAACUGAAGAAGAUGAAAAACUCAUCCGAACGGUUGAAAAUGUUCAAUUCUGUGCAUUUUGUGUUACGUUAACAGUUCAUUUCACAAUAGUUUGGGCUCUUUUUGAAGCUCAUCAUCGGAGAUUUGAAGAAUUGAUGAGUCCCUUUUUCAAAUUAUGUUUAGCCACGGCUGGAGUUGAUAUUUGGACACUUUUGUCCAACUAUUUGGGUGCAAUGUUUCCAAAAUGGGGCUACUUCGUUCCAGUGUAUUUGUUUUUGGGAAAAGGAUAUGCUCAUGUUUAUUUAUACUUUGCAUGGAGUACAGGUAUCUGUCAAGCCAUGGGAGUAUCCAUUCUGGCUGCAAAUCGACUCUCUGUCAUGCUUUUUCCUACUAAAUUUCAUUUGAUGUGGCAAGGAUACCGUAUCUGGAUUGCAAUAUCUAUUCAAUAUCUAUCAGGUUUAUCAGUUGGAAUUGCCACGUUUUUCAACCCUACUCAACUUUUUCGAAAUGAACAAAAUGGGAUUGUUCCCAAGUUCUUGAAUAUCACAAUGACCAACACAUUUUUUGUGAUCGGAGGAGCAUUUUUAGCUGUGAAUUGUCUCUUUUUGGUGUUAACUUACUGUUAUCUUUUUGCAGUUUUACAUCAAAGAAACAGAAAUGCUCCGUCUCAACCCGUGAGAUAUCAAUCGAAAAGAAAAGAAAAAGCAAAGAUGAGAGAAGCUAAGCUAUUCACAAUGAGUACGAUUACUGUGGGUGUGCAAAUGUCAGUUUUGUUACUUUUUAUAUUCGGAGGAUCUGAUAUUUUGGGAUUCUCAACUGACCAAUUCUAUAUGGUUUAUAAUGCAUUAAGUGAUUUGUAUGCAAGUAUAAAUCCGUAUUUACUCUGGAUAUUCUCAGAUUCUCUUCGUCGAUACGUUCUUCAAAGAUUCGGUUUUUCGAAAAAGGAGAUGAGAAUGACGUCUGUGACUCCUGUCAUUUUUGUAUUACCUGAUAAUCACGACGCACAAUCUCCGAGUGAUUCUGUUGGUUUUGAUAUAAAUCCGGCAAUGUCACCAGUAUUUGAAAAAGGAGCAACUGAAAGCAACUUCGAUAUGAAUGUUUUCGAAGAGCACAAAGAAGAAUCAAGUUGGUGGAAUGUUCGAAUUCUUUGUGGAGGCGGAAGCAGCACUUCUUCUCUUUGA